AUGAGUGAUCAUCAGAACCCUUCGAACGGGUCUGUGGACUCUGGCGACGCCCCUCCAUUCAAAAAACCCUGUAUGAUGGAUACGCCACCCGUCGGCACUUCCGACGAGGCCAGUGAUUUCUACAACACUCCCGUGGGGUCAGGGACUCCUGUGAUGGAAUCGAGCGACCUUGCGAAUGCGACUACUACUGAAACUGUACCUACCUCCGAGCCUGCCCCGACGAUCCCCGGACUCGGCCUUGUCAGUCCCGCCGUUCAGUCUACAAACGAGCCGAUCAUGCAGGAAACCAAUGUUUGCGCUGCCAACCAGGGAGGCGAUAUACCCACAGAGCCCGAAACUGCACACGCAGAGGCUAAGGACUCUGCUGCUACUUCCGAAGCCAUGGACGUCGAUAUGAAGGACGAGCAGACCAAAACCGAAAAUGCGAAUGAAACCUCCGCUGCGCCAGAGGAUAACAAGAAACAAGAAGAGGGGGAGGAGGAGGAGGAGGGGGAACAUCCAGAAUGGGAGGAAGACUCUGACCCGUAUGUUUCGUCCUCAGACAGCUCGUCCUCAGACUCCUCCGACAGCGACGAUGAGGACUACCCCAUUCUGAGCCCCGAAGAACAGGCCCGCAUUCUGAUGCUUGCCGAAGGCGGAUCUGAUGAUGAAGGCGACGGCAAGGGCAAGAGCGGCGGUGUCAUUCGUUCGACUAACGAGGUUGUGGAAGACGUCCUGCCAAUUCCGGAAAUCACGAUUACUCCCGAGAUGAAGGUUGUGCUGCUUGGAAGAAUUCAAACUGUCAUUGACAAUGCGGUCCUAAUUGAAGCCAAUACCUCUGGAGAAUACCAAGUCCUCGAGUCGGGCUCUUUGCUCUGCUCCGAGAACCGCGAAGUCAUUGGCGUUGUGGCCGAGACUCUUGGCAGAGUCGAGAACCCUCUGUACACUGUCAUGUACUCGACCGCCGAGGAAGUGCAGAAGCGAGGAAUCGUCAGAGAUAUGUCUGUCUUCUACGUGGAGAGCGAGUCUACCUUCGUUUUCACACAGCCACUGAAGGGCCUGAAGGGAAGCGAUGCCUCGAACUUCCACGAUGAGGAGAUUGCCGAAGACGAGAUCGAGUUCUCUGAUGAUGAGGCCGAGGCUGAUUACAAGAAGAGACUGAAGCAGAAGCGUCAGGAAAGAAAGGAAGCCAGAGGUGGCGGUGCCGGGAAAUUCAAGAGAGAAACCCCCGGACCAUCCAAACUGAGCCAAAGCGAACUCAACUAUGACAAUGAAGAAGGUGAGGAUGGUUACACUCCUCUUGCUCGCCCUAAGAACCUGCACGAGAUGAUGGGUGCCCGUGAGGCGCCAAUUGAAGGGAACGAGCGUGGACCUGCUUUCCGUAGCGAAAGAGGCCGUGGCCGAGGCAAUGACCGUGGCCGUGGGGGUCGUGGAAGAGGCGGCAGAGGCCGCGGAGGCUCCCAUGAAAGAGAUCAGGACCGCCGCCCUCAACACCAGCAGAGUGGCAGCUCGAACUACGCUCAGCCAGCAGCAGCUCCUCAACAUCAGCCUUCAGGAUACAGCCAACCAGCCUACCCGCCUCAGCAGCCUCAGCAGCCUGUCUACGGAAUGCCUCAGUCAUUUGCGUACCCACAGUUUGCGCCGCAGCAGGGACAGUACCCCCAGGGUCAAGCCCCGACACAAUUCCCCUUCCAGUUCCCCUUCCAGCCACAGGCCUUCUCUCAACAACCCGCCUUCCAGUCGGUCCCUCAGGGUGCGCACAUAAACCCUCAAUUCUUCCUUGCCGCAUUGCAACAACAACAACAGCAGCAGCAGCAGCAGCAGUACCAACAGCAAUACCAACAGCCUCAGCAAACUCCUGCUCAGGGCCAGGGGCAAAACCCGGCUAUGAACUUUGAUCAAGUCAAAGCCCAGCUGGAUCUGCUGCGGAAUUUGAGCAACCAGAACCAAAACCAGGGCCCACCUCCUUCUUAG